GCGCGACAGAACAAUGUUUCACUAAUAAGAUCAAAUUAGUGACGAGAAAAAACUAGCUUUAAUGGAGGUGUGUGUAAAUAUAGUAAUAUUAUAUUAUUUACUAGUAUUUAAAGGCCAUCAGUAACGUGCAUAGACUACUUGUUCUUGAUGAAAUGCUAUUGCUAGUGGAUAAUGUAAGACAGUGCACUUGAUACAGCAUUUCAGUUCUUAAAAUGUGCGGACAUACAGUUGUCCAUAACCUUGAUCCCGGUUCAACAAAUCAGAUUUCGACAGACUUUGAGUAGCAGGAAGUGGUUAUAGUGGAGGAGAGGUGUAGGGAGUCGUAGCAGAUCGACCCCCGGAGCACGCGACCGCUUUAAAGAAGUUUCGUGCAGUACAAAUGUGUAGGAAUUACUAGUAUAUGUAUAACCAAGGAUUGUAUUAAUUGAGAAUGUAAUAUGAUGAUUGAGAAAUGGAUGCUUGUGCUACUGAUCGUUGGUUGUACAUCACUCGUGUUUCUGAUUUGUUUUCCCAUCGACUUCUAUCUGUACCGACGUCGCCGACGACUUGCUAGAGAACGGAAAAAUCUCACCAUGUAUAGACCUCAAACCCAGUCCAACAGAGCCGCCCAAAUCCACGCGAAAGUCACUGUAGCGGAAGUGGCUGCAGAAAUAGAUUUUGAGGAAAUGAACAAAAAAGACCGGAAAGUUUACCGCGCUCAACGCGGAAUCAUGCGUUUUCUUAGCCUAAUUAGAAAGAAAGACAAACAGACACUGAAUCAUUCAAAGGAUUUCAAAUCUGAGAAUAGCUCCGAAUGUCGCGUUCUUACCACGCCGGAAACAAGUAAUACUAUGGCACAUUCGGAAAACAAAAAUCAUUUAGAUCAUAGUACAAGUACGAGGUCACAAGAUUUCGGAGAAAUCUCGCGAGGUGAGAAGGACUACGUUGAGAUUAAUGUGCCGAACUCCUGGAAGAAAAGUAUGGAAUUAGUAAGUCAGGAUUCUAAACAGUUUAACUAUGGGGAAAAUGAACCACAAAUCAAUUCUUCAAGCACCGCUUAUAACCCCGCAGAAUCUAGGUCACAUAUUAUACCCGUAAAAAGUAGAGGUACAAUCAAUUUCAAACCGGAAAGAAGUAACAUGACAUCACGUGACCAUACCGGAAGUAAUCGAGAUAUAAUAGUUGAAAGUAAAGCAGAAUAUGGUCAAUCUGAGGUCACCAAAGGUGAAAACAUUCAAAGUGAAGACAGUGGAUUUUAUACUCAUCUUAGUGUUGAAGAUACUAAUAGAGAAAUGUACACGCCAAUUCAAGAAUUUCGAGACUCGGACAACGAGACGGAAUUUCAACAUCAAGAAAAUCUUGUGCAUUCUAAUUCGGAUCAAAAUAUCUCUUUCACUCCCAAAUCAGCUAAAGUUUCGUUUAAAUCAAGAAAAAAGGGUAACGUUAUUUCCCCAACAAACAAACUAACGUCCAGUUUAUCGGAACAAUUUUGUAUUGAAGAGAAAGAAAACAGUACCCUGAGUAAGGCAAGAACACUUUCUCUCUCUACAACUUUCGAAGAGCCUUCGGCACGAUCUAGCAAGUGGACCAAGAAAAAAGAAUCAAUUCUAAAGAAACAGUCGUCUGACUCAAUGCCCGAGUUACAGCGAUAUCAAAAAGAAAAAUUUUAAACGUUCGUGAAUUUAAUCAAAACAUUGAAAAGUUAAUCAAAGUAACCAAUGCGUAUUAAUCUGUUUGUUUCGUACUUUUUUGUUACCUAUAUGGUAUUACAAAUUGCGUUUAGCGAUGGGUCAAGGUAGUUGGUCCUCGGUCGGAGCAUGUUAGUAGAACGAUUAAGGUGCAUUGUACAAUGUAUAUUUGUUAUUUAUAACGUGACGUGAUAUAACAAUAAUAUAUGUGUGGACUCAACCUGCAAGUGAUAACUUUUGAAAAAUAUACAUUGUAACAAGAAGUAUUACAUUAUAUUAUAACACUCAUUAUACUUAUUACUAUAACUGAUUAUUUAUUGUUGCGGUGAAUAAUUCAAGCCUAUCCAUCGAGUUUGUAAUAAAUUCUUCAUACAAAAAUA